GAUAUUUUUAUUUAAUUCUUCUAUUGCGUUUAAAUAUUCAGACUAAUAUAAAUAUUAUGAUGAAAACUCAACUACUGAUUGGAUUUGCUCUAGUGGUUGUUUCUCAAUGUAUGAUCAUAAAGUACAAAAAAUGUUCAUCACCAGCAUCAAGUGCCGUUGUUGGCGAUGUUGUAAUAUCUCCAUGCGAUAAUCAACCAUGUCAAUUUAUAAGGGGUGGAAACGCGAACAUUCAAAUUCAUUUUCAGGCCAAAAAUGAUAAUUCCAACAUUACCACUAUAGUUAAAGGCAAAAUUGGUCCACUUUGGGUUCCCUUUCCCCUAUCUCAACCAGACGGAUGCCUCAAUGACGGAAUAAUUUGUCCCGUAAAAACCGACCAACAAUACGUUUAUUCGUAUGAUUUACCUAUUUCCAAGUCGUAUCCGGCGAUUUCCGUCGUAGUAAGCUGGGAGUUGCAAGAUGAAAACGGUAAUGAUCUGGUAUGCAUCCAAUUUCCAAUAAAACUUGUAUAAAACUUCAAAUUGUUAAAAGUAUUUUAUCUUUAAGUUAAUUAUUGAAAUAAAUUAUUUCUCGAGGUAUAA